AUUCAGAGAAACGCCGUGCUAACAUUGCUAGCUAGCUCUCCUUGGAACUAGAGUCAUCUACCACACCAGGCGCUGCUGCUUCUUCCCGGCUGAGGACUUCGGAGGAGGCAAUGGGAAAAGAGCCGGUGGUGCUGGUGGCCGUGCUGGACGUGUGCCGCGGCAUCGCGUCGUGGUGUGUGUCGGCGCUCUGGAGCCGGCUCAGGCGCAGGCCGCUCGGCGUGACUCGCCGGCGGCCCCGGACGUACGCCCUCGGAGGCCGUGGGCUCAACUACGACGCUCUCAGCUACGCACAGAACUUCGACGACGGGGGCCUCGGCGACUGCGAGUGCGACACCGACUUCACCGCCAGGUUCGCGCCCGCGCAGCUCCCCGGAGCUCGGAGGCCGUCGCUCGAUCACUUUUGUACUUGAGCACAGCUGUUUUGUAAUUCCCGGUGAACAGUACAAGGUAGUAGUAGUAAUAUUGUUGCUGCCUUCCAAUUUUAUCUCUCUGGAGGUGCGUGUGCACUCUUGGUAAUCGGGGUCAUGGACUCAUGGUAAGUGCAUAUAUCGUGGUGUAACCGUGUAAGUCUUUACUAUUAAAUGGGAGUUGGUCGUUUGACGCUCAACGCGUUUGAUGGUCGUUAUUGGAAGCA